AUGUGGCGGCUUGCCGGCGAGACCCACGAAAUCCUGCCCGCAUGUGAUGGCGAAACUGUAAGACGUGGAGCCCAAACUGACCAGCUGCUCGGUGUUGUUGGCGACUGUACAAUUGAUCACGAGGCUACUAGGGAAGCAGCCCGUUGUGGAGGAGCAGGUGUCUGUGGUCGUGGUCGUGGUGUUUACGGGGUCGGAUUAGGUUAUCUAUACCGGUUCCUAGCGUUGUUUACAACCAUCGUUCCGCCUACACCUCCACCAAUUCCGGCAGCGAGAACCACAAAUAUCAACACCAACGUGAAGAAAACUGUUGCAGGCCGCCAACUACAAUAG